AUGUAUCAGGUUUCCACGCCAGGGAUUUGCCAGGAAGGAACUGUUUCGUGCUUGUCGCCCGGACCGCAGUAUGAAUAUGGAUUUUCCCCCAGCGAUAUUUCGGUGCAACUGCCUGGAGAAAUGUGUGUGGAUGACGUGUGCCCGCCUGAACCAACGAUUUACAGCAAAGGGUCACUUUCCAGUCCGAUUACAGAAGAAGAUAAAUCUAUGCACAUGCAAUCUUGCAACAUGCGCCAGGACUCGAAUCGAUCGGCGCCACCGACAGGGGGAAGAUUAUCUUGCGUGAGCGGCGCGUAUUCCAUGGGAUCAAGCCAGAAUAGCCCAUUGCGUGAAGCGCGUUCUCGUGAUAUUUCCCUUACUUCAUUGCUUGCGGACCUCGAGGGGUGUGGGGUAUUGAAGGAGCAUUAUGGUGAAGUGGCGGAACGCGAUGAUGGACCUGAGUCUAACGGGGCGAAGGCCAGCGGCCCGCACAGGAACGUUGAAAACAGCUACAUAGCUGCUUCUCGGGGCGGGGCAGAACGGGGGGCGAACACAUACGGCGGUUUGGCGAGCCAUCUUGAGCCUGCGAUUUGGUCCGGCGGCAGGUGGGGUAACAUGGGGAUCUACAUGCAGGUACCAGACCCCAGUGUGAUUCCAGGACCCGGUCCGGGACUGCCUUUUUCGGUUAAUCGCCAGAACGUGUUUGUGAUGGGCCAAUUUGAUCUUCCUGUCUAUGCCGACGGCGACGUGUUUAUGGGAAGCCGUGCGGAGGAUAAGAAAGAGAGCAACAGUGAGAGAAUGAAAGAGCAAGGUUGUCAACCGUAG